AGCGUGCUAGUGAAAGCAUCCAUCAACUGAAAUAUGCCUUGGAGGAAAGACAGUUUGCAAAGGGUGAGGGUGAAGUUGGAUUUGACCAGCCCUCUAUGGACGAGGGCAGUGAUGAUGUGGACAGGGGCAAUGAUGACAGUGGGAAUGCAGCCUGGCAUGAACUGCAGCACAGUCACGCAGUUAAUCAACUUAAAAUUUUGUUGCAACAUCAAGAAGGAAUGGAAAGUGAAGUCUCUCUGUCAAGCAGGAAGAUGUCGUUCUAUAAACCCCCAGAAGCUGCAACUGGAGACUUACCAGCCCUUUCUGAUCUUGUUCCUAUAAUCAAUGAUCAGUCACAGUACAUUAACCAUUUAGAAGCAGAAGUGAAGUUUUGCAAGGAGGAAUUGUCUGGGAUGAAAGAUCGAGUACAAGUAGUUGUACUUGAAAAUGAGGAACUCCAUCAGAAACUGAAAUUCUUAACUGGGAAACAUAUGUUGAGAGAACAAACUCUUCUAGAUGCCUCGGCAAAUACUCAGAACUCCUGGCCUGUAGGUGGUAAUGACUGUAGCAUGCAUCAGCCUGUCACCUCAUCACCAGCACAUAACAAAGAUCAGGCUUUUGUUACAGCAGCUGUUGGAGAAAUAGAAAAAUGGCCUGUAGAACUGGAGAAACUAAAACUUCUUUAUCAAGAAAAAGUCAAUGUCCUUGAUGCUCAAAUACAGUCUCUAAGAAAAGACCUUUCAGAAUCUCAGAAGACAUGCAAAGAUUUGGAAGGAAGGCUAAAACACCAGAAGUCACUUUUUUCAGCCACGAAUUCUAGCCGGGUUGGUGGCCUGUGUCUGAAAUGCGCACAACACGAGGCAGUUCUUGCACAGACUCAUUCUAACGUUCACAUGCAGACCAUUGAGAGGGUAACAAAAGAAAGAGAUGACUUGAUGGAUGCACUUGUUUCACUGAGACGAAACAUGAAAGAGAUGCAGCAAAGAGAAUCCAAUGCUUGUGAGCAAGUUAAACAAGCUGUGCAAAUGGCAGAAGAGGCCAAUUUAGAAAAAACAAAGGCUCUAGUCCAGUGUGAGCAGCUGAAAAGUGAAAUGGAACGGCAGAAGAAUCGUCUUGAAAGGGAGUUAGCGGCUCAGCUAAAUAAAAGGACUGAUGAAAAAGAAGCACUGCGGGAAGAAAUGAAGAAGGAAAGGGAGGACUUGGCAGCAAUGGUGACGGCCAUGUCUGAGAAUGUGGCCAUGUUGGAGGCUCAGGUAGAGAGAAUUACAAGGGAAAAGAACUCUCUAGUUAACCAGUUAGAAGAAUCACAACAUCAGCUUGCAUCUCAUGAAAUGGAGAUGAAUAAGGUGUGUGGAGAAAUGCGCUAUCAGUUGAAUCAAACCAAAAUGAAGAAGGAUGAGGCAGAAAAGGAGCUCAGAGAGUACAGAACAAAAACUAUAAGGGAGCUUGAAAUUAAGGACCAG